GAAGCCUAUCACAUAACUGAAUUACGAGGUUAUGCGGUGCUUGUGGAAAACACACGCACGAAUUAGUGGAAACCGUCAUGUUCAUAGGGGUGCGAGUUGUACGAGGUCCUGACUGGAAAUGGGACGACCAGGACGGGGGAAAGGGCUGCGUAGGUACCGUGGUGCCUGCACAAGCUAAGGACAGCGGCACGGGUAUCUGGGUGCGAUGGGACUCGGGCAGGAAAGCAAACUACCGCGCUGGUGGAGCAAACGGCACAUACGAUCUGCGGAUUUACGAUAACGCCCAGCUAGGAGUGAAGCAUCCGAAUAUCAUCUGCAAAGGCUGCCAAGAGGACGGUGUUGUAGGAAUACGCUGGAAAUGUCUGGAGUGUCAUGACUUUGACUUGUGUCACAGCUGCUAUAACGAGGGAAAGCAUGGCCUGGAUCAUCGCUUCACUAGGAUCGAAACCAACUUAGUUCCGGGGGUUGAGGUUCCAUGUCGAUCUGGCGCCACCAAAUGCCGCUCUUUGGGCAUAUUUCCAGGUGCCCAAGUGGUGCGAGGGCCCGAUUGGGAAUGGGAAGAUCAAGACGGAGGAGAAGGGAUAAUAGGAACCGUGAAGGAAGUUUUUGGCACACAGGGAACCCAUCGUUCCUUGGUCUCCGUUCAAUGGCCAAACGGCAAGACCAACAAAUACCGGGUGGGUUAUAAAGGCAAGCUGGACGUACAAUACAAGCAAGAGGACACCGCUGGGGAAUUCUUCAUCGAUCAUCUUCCAAACUUCGAUGGGACUCGAGUCCGGCCUUACUUGGACACCGGAGAUAAGGUCCGUCUGCUGGACAUGGACCAUUUGAAGCUCAAGGAACUGCAGGAAGAGCGUAAUUUAGGCUGGAAUGAAGAAAUCAAAGACUACUGCGGCAAAGUCGGCGAAGUCGUCAUGGUCGACAAAGAUGGCGAUGUCAAGGUCAACUUUGGUGGAUCGUCGUUCUUCAUUAAUCCCCUGUGUAUCGCCAUGGAGAAGAAGAAGGAAGCUGAAGAUGCCGGAACAGGUGCUGCAGCUUCAGAACUAAAUCUGGGUGGAUUACUAGCCACUCUACUCCUGAAGGCUCAAAUAGACACACUCGGAUCCAUGAUUGGCGAAUCGGCGGCGGGUAGGGGAAGGGGUGAAGUUCUCUUCGACGCGGCAGCUGGGGGAGUAGUCCACAAAGUGCGAAAUAUCAUCAAUGAUGAUCCAGAAACGGUGAAAUUUCAGAAUGACCAAGGAGUGACGCCGCUACAUAUAGCCGCUCAUUGUGGUCACGUGGAUGUGGUGCAUGAAUUGCUCAAAGGUAAAGCACCACUACAAAUCCCCGAUGCUGUGGGAGACGCUCCAUUAAUGACUGCUGUGUUUAGCAACAAGCCAAACAUUGUCAGAAUUCUUCUUAUUGCUGGGAGCAACGUAAACGCAACCAACAACGGUGGUUUGACCGCACUCCACCUUGCUUCUUAUAAUGGGUUCGACGCAUGCGCAGAGGCGUUGCUCGGUAAGCCGGAAUGCGAUGUCAACUGUCAAGAAAGUGAUGGCCACACGCCACUAACCUUAGCCUCUGCCCAAAAUAAAGAGCAGAUCAUCCUUUGGCUGAUAAACGACCAACGGACUGACCUCCGUCAGGUGAACAAGAAGGGAUUAAACAGUUUGCAUCAAGCCGUGCUGUGUGGAAGCACUUUUGCGGUGGAAGGGAUUCUAAGAAAGUCGCCAGACAUGAUAAAUGUUGCCAGAACGGACGGUCACACUGCACUUCACCUCGCUGCCUUAAACGGACUGACUGAAAUCACCUUGAUCCUCGUCAAACAGGUGAACUGCAACAAGGAGCUGAAAAACAACGUUGGGAAAACAGCGCUGCACCUGGCCAUCGACAAGACCCACGACAAGUGUAUGGAGGCUCUGGUCACGAACGGUGCCAAUGUGAACGCCCAGGAUAACGACGGUAACACCAGCCUCCAUCUGCUCAUGAUAGAAGACGCCGUGAAAGCGAUCAUGCGGGGAACACCGAUGGGACAGUUGUUAAGGCUUGGCCAUCAGCUCCAAGAGCCAGACGAAAGAGCCAGACUUGUUGCCCUAGCGCUGUACCUAAUUAAAUAUGGCGCCGACAUCUACAUCAAGAAUAAAGCAGGGGACGAUGUUCUUGACCUCACCCUCGACCCAGCAGUUGAGAAACUAAUCAAAAGACUCUUCAAAGCGAAAAGGUUCCAAGACAGUCGCCCACAAUGUUGUUGUACUGUCAGCUAAACGGUUUGCCGUGCAACCAGCGACACAUCGAUAAGGUCGUGGCCGGGAGUGGUCCUCCAGCAACACGGCCCACAAUAGACCUUUAUCAUGCUGCCAUGAUUUUAGUCAU